ACGUUAUCCAAUCAAAUCCAAUAAUUGGUGCGGUGGGCAUGUAUCGUCGAUGCGCGGCACCGUUGAUAGCGGCAAAUUCGUCGACCCGCGCGCCGUCUGUCCACCAAAUUCUUGGCAUCCCUCGCAUUUCGAUUAAGGCCAAUAUGGUGCGUCCGCGACCAUUGUCACUUCGCUUGACCAGUACGAGCGCGACCCCUCCUUCGUCGACACCACCUCCGACCGCGGUGGCGAAGUCUGGCCCCCUCCAGAAAUUCAAGGAUCUCUGGAACACGUAUGGCUGGGUCGGCGUUGGGACGUAUCUUGGCGUCUAUGUGGUCACGUUAGGGUCCAUGUUUGCUGCGAUUGAAACGGGGUUGCUGUCCACUGCCGCGCCUUCCAACAAAGACGACACGAAUGGCAGCGACGACGAGUCGUUCAACAUUGUGAAAGCGACAAACAAGUUGACCGAUUGGACCAAGUCGAUGGGACUGGGUGCGCACUUCAACGUGCCCGACGUGAGUCCGACCACUGGCUCGUUCCUCAUCGCAUGGGUCGCGACCAAGUUCACCGAGCCGGUGCGGCUGGCUGUGACCCUCAUGAUCACCCCUCGACUGGCGCGCUUCCUCAAGGCCCGCAAAGCUUAGUCGCCCCCUUUCUCGAUCGACCAGCCUCAGUGAACAUGCCAUGCACGAGAUAAUAAAGGCCUUGGCUCAUUUGCUGCUGGAUGGAUAUACCGGUAGACAGUGCCCACAAUAAAAGUGAAAUGAAAGGAAUCAGUAGCAUCGCUCACACA